CAGCAAGUUCCUCGGGAAACACACAAAAAGCACAAGACCGCAGCCUUGAACCGUGGCGCCUCAUUCCACCAAUUCGGUCAUUUCAGUACCCAUCACACCAUGACCCUGAUCAUGACCAUUUUUGACAUUCCUGAGAUCAAUCUCCAGAUCGCAAAACAUUUGCCGCCAGCAGAUCUUGCCAGCGCCUGUCGCGUAUGCCGCAGCUGGUUCGUACCUUUUGCAAGCCAGCUGUGGCGCUCGAUCCAGCCAGAUCAAUGGACACAUGGUGCCCUUACGGACGCCCUCCCUCGGUACUCAGUCUUUGUGCGGCAACUUAGGUGUUCCCUUUUUGUCAACCUGGACACGCUCGGCCCUGAAUGCACCAGACUGACGCUGUUCAAGGCUCCAAGACUGAACCACUCAGCCUUUCCUGUCCUCAAGCGAAUCCUAGAAUCCAAUCCAGAUAUCGAGGAACUCACGUUGAUAUCCGACUUUGGAAUGAGUGCCAUACAACUGACGAUGGAAACCAUCAGGAUUGUGGCGGGCUUGGCAAAAAUGAGAAAGCUGGUGCUGAUGGACUUUGUGGCUCCUCGAGGAGCGCUUGAGUACAUGAUGGAGAAACUGCCUAGGCUGGAAGCGUUGAGUAUCGAAGGAUGGGAGGAUUUGCCACCAUUAAGUCAAGAGGUCGAUCCUGCCACUGGGGCUGUGGUAUUGAGUGGUGCAAUGGAGGAGGAGGUCUCGGAUAUGACAGAGCAAUUUGGACGGGACUCUGAGCAACAGCAUCAACAGCAAGGACAGCGCCAGCUACGAUACUUGUCCAUGGAUGAGUUUCAAGAUGGGUACGAGUCUGUGCUCAGGAUCGUUCGGCAUACACCUCUACUCGAGCAUCUCUCACUUACACAAACGCGUGCCAGUGCAAUUGACCUUACAAUAUCCCCCCAACUCGUGCAACUCUGUCAGCAGCUGCGAUCUCACUGUCCGCGUCUCGACCAGCUAUCGCUGAAUUAUAUCUCCGUUGAUAUCGGAGGACUUGAGUAUCUAUUGAUGGCGUUUCCCAGGAUGAGAAAACUCGCGGUCAACAACGUCUAUUUGCCACAACUCGCUCUUCUUUCCAUGCUUCUUAACCAGGACGCUCUUCAGGAGUCUCUAGAGGACAUAAGGAUCGCUGAUAUCGGCGCGAUUGUCGACACAUUGGCUUCGUCUAUGCUAUUGGCACUAUUAAGGAAGUUCAAAAAGCUGAAGAGGGUCUCGUUGCCAUUCCAUAUCAUUGAAGCAGAGGACAUGAUUCGAUCCGAUGGCGAGUUUAAGGAAGAGCUCACAUGUCGUAACCUCGAGGUGCUCGAGGUCUCCAUCAUUGGGCCCAACAAGAGCUGGGCGCCGCCUGAGGCGCAUGCAGAGGGAGACUUGGAUACAGAUGACGAGGACGAAAACCAAGAGGAGCAGCCCAGAGAGUACGAGUUGUACGAUGCGGUGAUGAAAAGGCUUGACGCUCUGCCGAAACUUGACAAGAACACGAUACGUUUCAGAUACAAGACCUUUUGAAAUAGGAAAUUGCUAUUUGUCGACCGGUGUGGUGCGGCAAAGCUGGAUCAAGAAUAAUAAAAUAAAUGCAGGGCAGGGCAGUAUUUGCUCCUGGUCCUUUUUACUCCCAA